AUGGAUCAGUAUUAUGAGCUUCAACAGGUAACACGAGAAUAUGACGAGGGCUCAUUUUUCAGUAAGAUCGAAGUCGACAAGAAUGAGCUUCAGAUUGAUUUGACGACUUUAGAAUGCGAGCACUACAUUGUAAAAGUCUGUGAGAAUGGCUGGUAUACAAACACAUCCACUCAGUACUUUCCUACGUUUGAAAGCCUUGCAAACCACAUUAGUCCCCGAUUUCAGCAGCAAUGGCUUAUCAGAGUGAAUGAAAAACUUCACGCCAUCUAA